AUGUUGUCACGUAAAAAGGCACGCCCCAAUCCGGCCGGAUCAGCCGCGAACAACGACUCUCAGACCCCGGUCAGCAACUCAACAACAGAGGCCCCUACGUCACAAUCACAGGCAUCAAAGGCAUCACCUGCAGUAGAAGCGGAUCAUAACAACAACGCAAAAGCGCCAUCAACACAGCAGAUCAUGGGCGAUCCAGGCUCCGCAGCGCAGAAUAAGAGCAAAGACGUUCGGAAAACGAAGAGCUGGUACGGUUCCUGGCAACGACCCUCCAAAGCCUCGGCAUCUACAUCGGUCGCAAAGGAAAACAUUUUUGGAGGGUCCGUCAAGUUAAAUAAAACAUCAGAUCUAAGUCGAUACGAAGCGAGGAAAGGCGACGAUAACGCUAGUAUUCGAAGUACGGCCGGAACGAUUAAGACGAUGCCCAAGGUUUCCGAGACGAAGUCCGAUGUGACUAUGACAGAAGAAAGCGCGCAAGCCGAAUCGCAGACUCAGAAAAAGUCAGAUCCCGAGCCAUCCCGGGAGUCGUCCAAGGUCAUGGAGACUCGAGAGUCACUAAAAGAUACAGUCGUUGCAGAACCGACGCCACCCAAGGCACCCGAGUCGAAGACCGAUGAUAAUCAAGGUCAACCCGAUACUCGUACUGAGGCUGCUGUGUCACAAACGGACCCUCAACGUCCAGCAACAUCAUCAGGGUGGCUUGGAUGGUGGUCGAAAACACCUUUCACAGAGACGCAGGCUGCUCCAGCGCCCCAUCUAAAUGGUACACCAACAGCUGAAGCCGAGGCCACCAAGGAAGUGGACGAACCGAGGCCUGUCACUCCACCAGCUCAAACGGCAUCUACAGAUCAAGUCGCAUCACCUAAAAGCAUAAAGGCUCCGCAGUCAACCUCUUGGUUCAGUUAUUGGUAUACAGCAGCUGAGUCUCCCAAGACUUCAGAAGAUAAACAGGACAAUCAACCACAACCAAGUACAGAUGCACCCUCUGAGGAUGUCACUAUGACGGAUGCGCCGCCUCCACAUCAGCAUGAGCCACCGCCCAAGGCUGGAUCGACUUGGGUGUUUUGGUCUAAGGAAUCACCAAAGUCAAAGGAUAGUACACCUAUGCCGGAGUCGGGAGAAGUGGCUAUCAUGGGUGAGGGGUCAGAGGCUCAUCCUCGACCUAUGGCAGAAUGCGACGUAUCGCCAACCAAGGACCGCGCAAAAGCUGAUGCGAAACCGAAAGAGGCCCAGGCGACGGUGAAGUCAGGGUGGAUGAAGAAGAACAAGCGCGGUAGACCGCAGUCGAUGGAUCUGGACCCUCCAUCACCGUCUGUAUCUGGCACUUCCACCCCUACCAGUACAGCACCCGCAACACAAGAUAUCGACAAAGCGGCAGUCAAGGCUGCUUCAUCUAGCCCGUCCAUUGCCGAAUCAGAAACUUCAUCGAAAACUUCUACAAAUCUUCUUCUACCAUCUUUCUCCAGUACUUACCGCAUGAAGGAGAACCCAUCCAUCCUGAAGCAAUUGACACAGUUCCUUCUUCGUACACAACAAGCUCCCCCGAACCAUGUUUUCCGAGUGGACAGCCCGCCCAAGAUUCGAAAGGCCAUUGCAAUCGGCGUCCACGGCCUGUUUCCUGCGACUUACCUACGUCCCAUGAUUGGUCAGCCAACAGGCACAUCUCUUCGUUUCGCAGCGCUUGGUGCUGAGGCAAUCCGAAGAUGGACCGAGUCUCAUGGAUGUGGUGACUGCGAGAUUGAAAAGGUCGCCUUAGAAGGAGAAGGGAAAAUCAGAGACCGGGUCGAUAAUUUGUGGAAUCUUAUGCUCAACUGGAUUGACCACAUUCGGAGUGCUGACUUCAUUUUGAUUGCUUGCCACUCGCAGGGCGUUCCUGUGAGCAUCAUGCUACUCGAGAAACUCAUUGACCUUGGCAUUAUCACAAAUGCAAAAGUCGGUGUCUGUGCCAUGGCUGGAGUGGCUUUGGGACCAUUCCCGGACUACAAGUCUGGUCUGUUGAUGGGCUCGGCAGCUGAGUUGUGGGAAUUUGGUAACCCAGAGAGUGACAAUUCGAAGCGUUUCGAGAAAGCUCUCAAGCGGGUAGUAGACUACGGAACUCGUAUCACAUUCAUUGGCAGCAUCGAUGACCAAGUCGUGCCAAUGGAGUCUGCUAUUUAUUCGCCAGCAAAUCACCCUUACAUUUACCGGGCCGUCUUCAUUGACGGGCGUGUCCAUGCCCCUGACUUCAUUGCCCACUUGGUGGGUUUUGCUCUUAAGCUUCGCAACCUCGGCGUUUCUGAUCAUGGCUUAAUCCGCGAACUCUCUGUGCCUCUGGCCGGAUCUCUUUACUCUGGCGCUGGACACUCUCGCCUUUAUUAUGAUGAUGCAGUUUACGAUCUUGCUAUUGCACACGCACUUGAGACAGCACCUGCUGGCCCAUCACCACCACCCUGCACAAUCUCACCUCGCGGCGGGCCUCUAACGUCUCAAAACCCGUACGUCUUACCAUGGAUCAUGCGUGGACUACUAGAAGAAAACUUCGUGCGAACCGAGUUGAGCAACGAGGCAGAUGAGUUGCUUAGGCAAUUUGACGACUGGAAGCCUACCAACAAAGCUCUUAAGGAUGUCAAGUAUCGACUUGAGGCAGUCCGAUCUAAACUCUGA